AUGCAAAAAAUAAACGGAAAGAAAGAAAAGAUCAACUGUAUACUAUUGUUUCAUUUUCUUCCUCAUACAACUAUUAUCUCCUCUCUCAUCUUUCUUUCUUUAUUUCUUUCUUUUGUUUAUUUCUUUCUUUCUUUUGUUUAUUUUUCUUUUCUUUCUUUCUUUCUUUCUUUCUUUCUUUCUUUUGCUUGCUUGUUUCUUUAUUUCGAUUGUUUAGUCUUUCUUUCUUUAUUUCUUUCUUUUGUUUAUUUCUUUCUUUCUUUUGUUUAUUUUUCUUUCUUUCUUUCUUUUGCCUGCUUGUUUCUUUAUUUCGUUUGUUUAGUCUUUCUUUCUUUAUUUCUUUCUUUUGUUUAUUUCUUUCUUUCUUUUGUUUAUUUUUCUUUUCUUUCUUUCUUUCUUUCUUUCUUUUGCUUGCUUGUUUCUUUAUUUCGAUUGUUUAGUCUUUCUUUCUUUUUUUCUUUCUUUGGUUUAUUUGUUUCUUUCUUUUGA